AUGAGACUCACUACCUGGAAUGUCAAUGGCAUUCGUAAUCCAUUCUCUUACCACCCAUGGAGUAUCACAAAGACUUUUCCGGCCAUGUUCGAUAUCCUCGAAUCCGAUAUCAUCGUCAUGCAAGAGCUCAAGAUCCAGCGAAAGGAUUUACGGGAUGACAUGGUGAUACUCGAUGGCUGGGAUUGCUAUUUCAGCUUGCCUAGACAGAAGAAAGGUUAUUCAGGUGUAGGUAUCUAUGUUCGCAAUGCUACCUGCUCUCCCAUCCGAGCCGAGGAAGGUAUCCUUGGAGUCUUGACGCCACCAAAUUCAACAACCCAAUACCGCAACCUACCAGAAUCUCAGCAGAUCGGUGGCUAUCUCUCAGACCUAGAGCUUGCAGAGCUUGGUGUCGACCCUCUUCUCCUGGACGCCGAAGGUCGUUGUGUGUGUCUCGAGUUUCCAGCUUUUGUCCUCUUCGGCGUCUACAGUCCUGCCAAUUCGAACGGUCUACGAGACGACUUCCGGUAUGCCUUCCUGAAUGCUCUGGAUUGUCGGAUACGCAAACUCGACAAGAUGGGCAAACGUGUUGUGUUAGUUGGUGACCUCAAUGUUUCUCGAGGCUUGAUGGAUACAGCUUCCGCAGCCGAGGAUGUCAAGAAAGCCGGCAUGACACCAGAGGACUACGUCAGUACUCCUAACCGCCGCAUUUUCAAUCAGCUCAUCAUCAACGGUGAGGUUUAUGGCGAAAGAGAUGAAGGUCGAGAACAGCCUAUCUUGCUUGAUACCACAAGAGAGUUUCAUCCUGAGAGGAAAGGCAUGUACACUCAUUGGGAGCAAAAGAUCAACGCCAGACCUGGAAACUUCGGUAGCCGCAUCGAUUUUGUUCUGGCCAGUGGCUCUAUGCGUGAUUGGUUUGUUCAUGCUGAUAUCCAGGAGGGUCUCAUGUUCAAAGAUGUUGUCAAUGUCGAGGGUGAGAAUGGACGAUCAGAAGUCAAGCUGUUCGACAUCAUGAACCCUCCUGGUGUCUUCAGCGAUGGCACUCGCCAAAAGGAAUGGAACAUCAAAGAGCUACCUCCUUUCAGCGCCAGACUCAUGCCAGAGUUCUACCAAAGAAGAAGCAUCAAGGACAUGUUCAAGAAACCCACAGCUCCUGCUGCGCCAGCUACCACAGCUUCCUCGUCAAACAACCAGAUAGGCUCCACAUCAGCAAGCAAACCCAUGCACUCGAUCAACACUUCUUCCACCGUAUAUGAAACAGCCAGUUCUUCCUCUAACAAGGUGGCCGUUUCUCCAUCGCCAGAGAGGAAACGCAAGGCAUCAGAGACUUCUACUACUCAAUCAUCAAAGAAACAGAAGCCUGCACCCAGUAACACGUCAAAGGCAGUUCCUGCCAAAGGUCAAAAGAGCUUGAAAGGCUUUUUCCAAUCAAAACCAAAGCCGGAGGAGCAAAUCAAUGGCGUAAAUGAAGAUGUGCCUGCCUUGGGCGAGAUAAAUGUGUUGAAAGAUGCAGAAGAGAUGGUAGGAAAGACCACUACGCCUGAAGCAGCCUUUCCAUCAUCUACAUCACCUUCGCUCCGCACAAAAGACAUGACAUCUCCAGCUAAUGCCCGAGGUAGUCAAGUGACAGCUGACACACCUGCCGAACCUGAAUCUCAACCUCCUCCUCGGCUUGACGAUGCUGACGAGAUGGUGUAUGAUCCAAUCGUGAACAAGGAGUCAUGGCAGACACUGUUCCGCAAACCAGCAGCACCAUUGUGCGAAAGCCACGAAGAACCAUGCAAGAGCAUGCAAACCAAGAAGAAAGGAGAGAAUCAAGGGCGGAGCUUCUGGAUGUGUGCAAGACCACUAGGACCGUCAGGCACAAAGGAGAAAGGCACACAAUGGCGAUGCCCAACAUUCAUAUGGUGCAGCGAUUUCAAAGGAGGAGAGGCAAGGUAG